AUGGUUCCGCCGUAUCACCCUGCUUCAAAUGGUGUAGCCGAGCAGGUGGUGCAAACAAUCAAAGACAAGCAUAAGAAGAGUAAGGCUGAAGAUUUCCGGAAGCAGGUUUCCCGGGUACUGUUUCAUUAUCGGAGCACGCCCUAUGAUGUCACUGGACGUGCCCCCUGGGAGCUCCUGUUGGGCCGGAUUGUCAAGACACCCUUGGACGUCUUGCAUUGGGACCUCCGGUCCACAGCGCUCCUGAAACAGCUGAAGCUUAACCUGGCCGCAAACCGAGGGUGCCCUUCCGGGCCUUUGCCGGAGUCGGGAGCUCCGGUCUUCGCCAGACAUUUCCGUCCUCGUCCACCCUGGUCUGCCGGACAGGUGCCAUCUCCUGCCAGUGCCUCAUCGCUGCUCUUCCGCAUGCCAGACGGAUACACGUGGCACCGGCACGCCGACCAAGUUCGGCCUUGUCUCGUGACCCAGUUUUCAACCUCGGGUGCCACUUCAGAAAUCCAGCCCGCUGGGGGACCAACGAUAAGAGCGGCCGCUGCCAGCGAAGCGUCGCCAGUUGUGCGGCGCACGUUGGGCCACUAUCAAGGCCGGUCACUGCGAACCCUCUGGACGCAGCGAGACUGCCUAAGGCAGCACCCGGCGUUGCCACACCCGGAUCGUCGCCACCUGUGCCCAGGCGGAGUACUCGACAGCGGAGGCCGCCUGACGGACAGAGGCGAUUUUUUGUGUAUGUUUGUGUGA